AUGAAUAUCUGGCUCCUGCUCGGGCUGCUGCUGGUGCACGAAGCGCUGGAGGAUGUUGCUGCCCAACAGCCUACAAAGCACAAGCAACCAAAGGAGCAAGGAGAGAAUAGAAUCAAGCCUACUACCAAGAAGAUGAAACCCAAGAUUCCUAAGGUAAAGGACAGGGACUCUGCUGAUUCCACACCAAAGACGCCAUCGAUCAUGAUGUUAGUGUUGGAUAAAGGCCGCUACCAGAAACCUCCUGUCACCCUCAGUCUGAUGGCAGGACAAACUGUAGAGCUUCGAUGUAAAGGAAGUCCGAUUGAAUGGAGCUAUCCUGCGUACCUCAACACCUUUAAAGACUCUCGCCUCAGCAUGAAGCAGCAUGAGCGUUACGGCCAACUGACCCUGGCCAACACUACCUCCGCUGACACAGGUGAAUUCAGCUGCUGGGGACAACUAUGCAAUGGCUACAUCUGCAGGAGGGAUGAGGCCAAAACAGGAUCUACCUACAUCUUCUUUACAGAGAAAGGAGAACUCUUCGUGCCUUCUCCCAGUUAUUUCGAUGUUGUCUACCUGAACCCCGACAGACAGGCUGUGGUUCCUUGUCGAGUGACUGUGCUGUCAGCCAAAGUCACACUCCACAGGGAGUUCCCUGCCAAGGAAAUCCCGACCAAUGGAACAGACAUUACUUAUGAUCUGAAGAGAGGCUUUGUGUAUCUGCAGCCUCAUUCUGACCACCAGGGGGUGGUCUACUGCAAGGCGGAAGCCGGGGGCAAAUCUCAGAUCUCUGUCAAGUAUCAGCUGCUGUAUGUAGAAGUUCCCAGUGGCCCUCCAUCGACAACCAUCUUGGCCUCCUCAAACAAAGUGAAGGGCGGGGACGACAUCAGUGUGCUGUGCACUGUCCUUGGGGAGCCUGAUGUGGAAGUAGAAUUCAGGUGGAUCUUUCCAGGGCAGAAGGAUGAAAGACCUGUGACGAUUCAGGACACUUGGAGGCUGGUCCACAGAGGGCUUGGACAUACCACAAGACUCUCUCAGAGUAUCAUAACCAUUGAAGACUUUGAGACCAUCGAUGCAGGAUAUUAUAUUUGCACUGCUCAGAAUCUCCGAGGACAGACUACGGUCGCUACCACUGUUGACUUUUCCUGACUUGAAGGAAAGGGAAGUAGAGUGAACAGAUGGAAAGCUCAUCGGUGCACACAAUCUGCUUUGGGGUUCUUUGAUUUGUGCUUUUCUAGAGGCCAAUAUCAAGUGCCCACACUGGCCUGUGAGCCAGACAGACAUCUGACUGAGAGGAAGUCAGUCUAUUAAUAGAAGCAUUAACUUUUCUAACAGAAAGCAUGUUUUCUGAUUGCUUAGCUACGAUUCAUGUGUUUUUAGUUUUUAUACUAAG